GCCUACGUAGUCGGCGUUGUGGGACUCUACUGGAUCGUGGAGCCGAUCCCACUGGGAUGCGACCUCUCUCAUUCCCAUCGUGCUGUUCCCGACGCUCGGAGUACUCACCACGGAAAGAACCUGCCAGCUGUACAUGAACGACACGAACAUUAUGUUUGUGGGUACUCUGAUCAUGGCCAUAGCUAUAGAGCACUCGCACUUGCACGAAAGAAUCGCCCUCAAGACGCUUUGUCUACUCGGAACUGGGAUAAAUACGUUGGUGUUCGGGCUCAUGUUCAUCUCCAUGUUCUUAUCCAUAUGGAUCAACAACGUGGCCAUCACAGCAAUGAUGAUGCCUGUGGUCGACUCAUUACUGCAAGAGCUACUGCAGGAGGGCUCAACCAAUCUUUCAAAACAGGGCGCACUCGUCGAAGAAAUAGAAGCAGCCAAUAUGCUGUGCGACAAGAGGUCAACAAUACUUUUAUUAAUUUCAUGUCCACAACUUUUGUUGCAAAUUUUCCUGUCACUGACCGAAGGUCUGACUGAACUACACGGCAAGAGUACCAUCGCCAGCGAAAACGCCAUCAUGUUCUCCAACCAAAGCAGCGAGAAGUCAGCAGUUCUCGUGUUGCCGAUCACUACACGCGCCAAGGAAAGGCGCAGCAAAGUGGAGCCCCAGAAGCGGCGUAUUCGAGUGCUGCUCUACCUAAGCGUCAUCUACGGAGCUAACACGGGCGCAAUCACAACCAUCACUAGUGCUGCCUCCAACAUCGUCUUCAAGUUCGUCAUCGAGGACUUGUACGAAGAACGGGCCCCUGUGGACUACGCACUGUGGCUAUUCUUCGCCUUGCCAGCCACCAUUAUCAGCACCAUUAUUAUUUACUUUACCAUAAUUCCGGUGUUCUUUCGGUGUAGAAGACCGAAUCUUGACAAAGAAAGCAGCAGCUCUGCCAUGCAAGCCAUUCGUCGCAACUACGAGGCACUCGGACCGAUCAGAUUCCACGAGGUGGCCGUCUCUUUGCUCUUCACACUGCUGGUUUUUCUCUGGCUGUUCCGAGACCCCAUGUUCGCUCGAGGGAAACCAAAAGACGCGACUGCUGUCAUGAUUCCGGUAAUCCUGUUGUUCAUGAUUCCCUCGCGACCUACGGAGGGAGCGAGGAGUCCUGGACUGGUCACUUGGCCAGUGGUGCAGGCAAAGCUACAGUGGAGCGUCAUCCUGCUCAUCGGCAGUGGCUUCGCCGUCGCCGAAGCCAUGAGGGUCUCCGGUCUUUCCUUGCUGCUCGGCCAGCAACUAGGUCACAUGUCCCAUCUGCCUGCAGGCGUUCUCAUGAUGUGCCUCAGCAUCUUGUGCUCCUUCAUGUCCGAGCUCGUCAGCAACGCCGGCACCGUCACGGUUCUGCUGCCCGUAUUUGCAGCUUUGGCUGAAGACCUGCACAUAAAUCCGCUACUCUUAAUGAUACCGGCGACCCUCACCAGCAAUUUCGCCUUCAUGCUGCCAGUGGGGACUCCGGCGAAUGCCAUUGUUUACGAGCACGCAGGCCUGAAGGUAUCCGAUCUGGUACUCCCAGGGAUUCUGGUGAAAGCCAUCACAAUCUUCACCACAGUGGCCGUGACGUUCGUGCUCGGCGACCCGAUCUUUGGCAUGUUCAGCGAAGCGGACUGGUUGCCACCCGCCGUUGAGGUCAAACUCAACGGCACCGCAUCACACGUUAGCCGUUUGGCGCGCAGCAUGUCGUUGUUAUGA